GCGCCCAGUGGGAGCCGUGAUGCCGUCCGCGGCGCCCUCGAGAAGCCUCAAGGUGCGCGCGGUUGCUGUUCGUCCCCGGCUGUUGCUGCGUUGGGUGCUUGUUAUGAUGUCGCCAUAAGUACCUACGCAGUACAUUGGAAGAUAGGAAAGAAGAAGGCUCGAUCGCGCGCCUGUCUGUUUCAACCUCGAUACCUCCUGCCUCCUCUUAAGCUCAAGUGCGCCCAUCUUUUCCCACCUGACACUUCAUCCAUUCCAUCACCAUCUCAAUCCAAACAAACUUGCCUGGUCCACGCUACAAAUACGUCCCUCCAAGGCUCCAACACUCUGCGCACAAGAAGAAAACCGAAGAAAACCAAGAAUCACAACCACACCACGCCCAGAAUUCAAAUUGCUGAUCUUCUGGUGCUACUUUGUCCCAAAAGCCAACCAUCCAUCCGCACACCCCCAGCAACAGUAACGCGUGCGAGUAAUUAUAGGAAAAGCCCCGUCUAGGUAUUGAUGUAAGUCGCAUGCCUGCCUGCCUCUCUGCCAAACCCGCACACGCCCCCCCUUCCAUGCUCUACCCCUGAUUCGACUUCGCCUAAUUUCGCGCCUGCGCGAGACGAGGAAGCCUUUUUCUACCCAGCUGUCCCCCCUCCCAUCGUUGCCUGUCUCUCUCCCUUUUGUUUCCUCACGAGCCUAUUCCCGACAUUCGUUGUUGACCUUUUUUGCUAAAUUACAGUAGUCCGAUACCUAAUACUCCUACACUCGUUCAUCACUUAAUUUUCGAAAAACAACCCAAUCCGUCACAAUGAAGAGCUUCACCUCCGUCCUCGUCGCCGGCUUCGCUGCCAUGGCCCAGGCUGUUCAGCUUACCAACACUAACUUCAACGUCCAGGCUGGUCAGGCUUUCGAGAUCACUUGGUCUGAUGCUUCUGGCCCCGUUACUCUCACCCUGAAGAACGGCCCCAGCACCGACCUCAAGACUGUCUCCACCAUCGCCACUGGCCAGAGCGGUACCUCCUUCUCCUGGACUCCUUCCUCCACUCUCCCCACCGACCAGUACGCCAUUGAGAUCUCUGACUCUACCGGCACUCCCAACUACUCUGAGCAGUUCACCCUGACCACCUCCGUCACUGCUUCCGCUUCUGUCUCCUCGGCUUCUGCCUCCGCCUCCGCCUCUGCUUCCGCCACCGUCACCACCACCGUUGCCGCUUCCACCAUCACCUCCUCCGCCUCUGCUUCCUCCGCCUCCGCUGAGAGCAGCUCGGCCUCUUCUGCUGCUAACUCCACCGCUGCCUCCACUGUCUCUACCAGCACCCGCGCUAGCACCCGCACCAGCGCUUCCACCUCUUCCACCAGCUCUCCUACUACCGUCCCCGGCAGUGACGCUGUCCGCAUGGGCUCUCCCAUUGCCCUGAUCGGCCUCACCGUCGCUGCCAUGCUCUACUUCCAGUAAGCUGGGAGCUAGAGAGGAUGUUCGGGCUGUCUCAGCCCAAUGACUGGUAUAUGAUGCGAACCAAGGUUUAUAAUACAGUAAUGCGAUCCAAGAACAAACAGGACCAGGAGUUGCAUUUCAAAUGAAGCAAGCAGGUCAAGUUGCCGAGUUGCAAAACGCUCUCGAAGGACAGGGGAUGAUGAAGUAAACAAUGUGUGUUAGUCGGGCCCAUCGGAAAUCUUUGGGCCUGUAAACAAUCAAUUAACAAUUCAAUUCAUUGUUGCCUUUCCAAA